AUGACGGCCAUCUACGUCAAGAAUCGACUGCCUUCACCUAAAGUCGUACGAAAGACCCCGUAUAAGAUCGUCUACAACUCGGAACCAAGCGUCAAGCACAUGCGAGCAUUCGGUUGUCAGACGUACAUGCUGACGCCAAAAGAGACUCGAUUCAAGUGGGAUCCAAAGGCUCGCGCUGGCAUAUUCGUGGGCUACGAAGAAGCGUCGAAGGCGUAUCAAGUUUAUGACAUCGAGGCGUGGCAGAUGGAUGACCUGGACUUCAAAUUGCUUGACCCCAAUGAUAAAGAGCCGUGUCAGGUGGAGUACAAACAAACAGUCAAGCGCAAAAACCGCCUCAUCAAUGAAGAUACAGCAGCUCCACGACCGCGUGCAGUGCGUCAACGACCUGGACUAGAAGAGUCAAGCGCGCCGGAAAGCAACUCGUCACCCAAGAAGAAGACGAAGAAACAAAGGAUUCUGAUGAAUCAACUCCGCCUGUUUUUUGGCGUGCGAGUGCAAAUGCCGUCGGAACAGCAGCGGUUUUAUCGGAUUCCUCAACAUUUGAGGCGGCAGUGA